AUGGAUAAAGCAAAUCAAGAUUGCUAUUUUUAUGUUACAUCGACUUGUACCAGACGAUCAGCAAAUUCUUCAACGUGUUAUUUUGAAAGUUCAACUACCGGUUGUCUAAAAGUAAAUUGUCCUUAUAUACAUGUAAAACCAAGACAGUUCGUUGGUAUGGCAAUUACGAGUGAUGUUGGUGGAAGCAAUUUGAGACUUAAUAAAGAUAUUGGAAAAACACAGAACAGCCCCAUAUUAACCGCAAAUACGACUCCAGUCUUGCCAAACACUUUUCCGGACACAGCGUUAACAAAUUUACAUAUUACGAUGCAAACAGCUAAGACCGAUUCUACUACUGUGGACAGAAAUACUCCUAUUACAGAUUCUUUGCCGGAAACACCAAUUCAAAAUAUCAUUCUAACAAUACCACCAACGAUUAAAAUAGUAGAAAGUGCUUCUAAUUUAAAUAUCCCGACAAGUGAUACCAAUACGCAAAUGGAGACGAAUAACCAAUGCGAAAAAAGCUCUGUUUUAUAUUCAUUGUCGUCAUCUUCAAAUGUACCGUUAUUUACAAAAUCAUCGUCAUCUGUACAGUUACCUCGACGUGUUAUGUUACCACUGAAAAAUACGGCAGUCAUGGACCAGUCGUUAGAAUCUAUUAACUCUGACAAUGGAAUAUUAAAAUCAACAACAAAUAAUCGUUUUGUUAUUACUGAAUCAAAGCCAGAGAAUGAUGAGCAAUCAAUAGUGAGAACAACUUCAAUCGAUAUAUCGAAAACCAAACCAGAGAGAAAUGUUGUGAUAUCUGAUACUCGAUCCACAACAGCUCCACAGUCUACUAUACCACGAAAGUUUGUUACAGUGAAAAAAUCAACGCGUAUGAUAGUUACAACUGAUUCAUCAAUUAAAUCACGUAUAACAUCAAAUAAAUUUCCAAUGAGUCAACAAAAUAAUUGUGAACAGUUGAAAAUAACGGAUGACAACGUAAAACAUAGUAGAAAACAAUCCAUCACGCCUCCUCCAUUGAACGAUUGUGAUGAAGAUAGUGACAUGGACCUCGAUGAUUUAAUUGAGCAAGAAAAUAAAAAGCAAGGCGUCAGCAUGAAGCCUAUUCUUACUAACCGAUCAUUAGUUGAUAUAUCAUUUCCAUGUUCUGUGCAAUCAAAUCGUUUUUCGUUUAUGACAAUGAAGCAGCCACAACAACAGCAGCCAAGUACAACAAAUGAACAAAAAAAUUCUAAGCCAAUACGUUUGAAACGUGAACAUUUAACGACAUCAUCAAAUAGUCAUUCAAUACCUUCACCGUCGUCUUCUUCCACUACUACUCAGUCAUCUACUAAUACGACAAAUCUGACGGCAUCCUUGCCAGUUCACGUGCAUUUGGAAAAGAAAGAAUCAAAGGGUAUUUUAGGUUCAAGUCAACAACAAAAAACGAAUUCAAGUCCACAAAAGCAAUCUAUCUUGCACGAUCAUCAAAAAGGAAGAGAAAAUAACGAUCAACCAUCGAUUAUAUGUUCAUCAAUGAUAAAUCCAAGUGCUGGUAGCACUCUUAUUAAUAAAAAUAACUCGCUUGAUGAAGCAAACAGUGAUAUAAUACAACAAACUGAUAUGUGUUCUUCUCUCUCUUUAUCACCAUCAGCUACUUCAAAAACCUCAAAUAAUUGUAAACGUUCAUCACCAGUUACACAAUCACCAACGGCUCCAAAACGAUUUGCUAAUGAAGUUGCCUCACCGCCAAUUAUUGGUGAUCUUUGCGUCACCGAGCUAUCGUCAACCUCGAAUAACAAUAUGAAUCGCCGGUAUUAUUACCAACAACAACAACGAAAUAGUCCUUCUAAGUCACCAUCGCAGCUACGUACGAUGAAAUCAAAAACUAGGGAUAUCUUGUCAACAAAUCGACCAAUGUCUUCAUUUGAUUGGAACAAAGAAACUAAUGAUUUUAUUAAAAGUUUACAAAAAACUUCACCGUCAAUCACGACAACAAAUCAACCAAUAAUAAACCAUACAACAAUGAUCCGACCUUUAAUGCAGCAAUCUUCUUCUCUACAACAUGCGCUACAAAAUGGAAAUAUAAGAGCACAACCUUGUAUAGAAGUUAAACAAUAUAACAAUGCCAGUUCAUUUAAACAAGCACCAUUAGUUAACAAAAUAAACGAUGUCAAAUCUAAGUCGAUUACUUCACCUACAAUUAAUCAGGAUAUAAAAGCAAUCGAUCCACCGUUAGAACUACCACUUAUUGGUAAAGAUAAAGAGGAGAAACAGAUCAUUUCAUUACUCUCCUCAGAGCAAAUCGAUUCAGUAGUAACAGUCAAUAAUAAUAAUAAUAAUAAUAACGGUGUCGAUUUGUCUAAUCAAUCUGCCACUACCACGCAAAAACAAUCAAUACCAGCUCAGAUUAUUGCCAGUGAUGUAACAGCAGUCACAGCACCCAUGACAACUGAUGAUUUUGAUGGUUUAUUAUUAAAUGAUAUUGACUUUUUAGACGAAGCAUUUCAAGCAGCUGAUGAAUUUCUUCUAUUGUAUAAAUCAAGUAUUUGA